UGUACUGCGCGGUUCCCCGUGGCUGAUCUCUGUUACAUUGUGACAUCAUUCGUCGUGUUGCUGCAUUCCGUGGAUAUAAGUUGUGAUAGCAUGAACUUAGUACACAUCCGUGCUCUUAGUUUCUCAAUGAGAAAAAUCUCUGAAGUGCAUAUGUCAUAGUAGUAUUAGUAACUGCAAAAGAAAUGUCAUCGGGAAAAAAUCAGACGAGUGUUAAUGACAAAUAGCCACAUAUAAAGGAGACUGAAAAGGGAGAAAAUAAGACUAGUAACUCUAUGGUCUGCCACUCCAACGAUGACAGUCAUAAUUACGAGUGAAAUUUCGGUUCUGUUAUCUCGCUCCUCCUUCAGGAAGUAGUUCUACGACAGGUAGAAAGAGGUCUCGAUGGAAGGCUUGUUUUCCUCGUAUCCUUGACCUUAUCUCGUCCUCGUGAGAGGAGCGCUUGGGUUAUGUAUUGAAACCCACCUGAUUUUCGCCUUCCUUUUUGACAUCAGACUUCCUCGAAUCCUUUUUCUCAUGUGUCAUCCUUGGCCUUACCUUGCGGACAUUACUCCUGCCGACGUACUGAACUGGUUCUUCACGAUCCUGAUGGUGUUUUUCAUCCUGCUGACAAUGCUGCUGUUGCCCGCUCUCAUGCGAGGGUUGUAGUCGUCGCAGGGCAUUUCUGGGUACGCGGAAAAGAAUAGGACAGCUGGCAUAUGGUCCCUUUCACCAUAUCCUCCGCCCUCCUGCUGACUCCGAGGUGCCUCACUUGGCAAAGGGUUAUUAUUUUUUACGUUUUGGUGUUGCCAAGUGACUUGACGCUGAAGGACGGUUAAGCCUUUUAUCAAAUGUUUGUCAGAUUCAGUUGGAUGCUGAAUUUGUCAAGGUUUAUAAUAAAGAAUGAUAUAAUCAUUAUGUAGUUAAAUAUUGAAGUUUUGCGUUGAAAUACCCCUGCAAACACGUCGAUUGCAGAUUCCACGAGUCUGGUCAGCGAUUUGAAGUGUUGAUUCUUCUAAGUACAGUGAUCUUCUGGUGACUAAUCUUAGACUAAGCCCUUUAUUUGGGUUUCCUCCCAACCUCUCCCAACCCUCCUCUCUCCCUUGAAGGCAACUGGUGUUUGAAAUUAAUGAAUAAAACGGGGGGCGACACGUCACUUCCUUUCAUGGGGAGAGGCAAUUCCCCCUGGAGAGGCUUUACUUUCGCUUGAGGUGCAUCUCCCCUCCGCCUGUCCCCCCUGCAACGUCUCCUUCCCCCUUCUGAUAGAAAACAAAUUUUGUGUGACACCCAUUUUGCGUUUGAACUCGCCCUCAAACGCAGUCCAAAUAUCACCUUAUUCUCUUGCCUUGUUUUAAGGAGCAAACCCCCCCAUUCCACUUCAAUCCAUAUGCAUUGCAUGACCUGUAUGGUGAAGAUGACCCCGUGCAAGGGAAUAAUGCAUUUAUAAUGCAUAAGGGAAAGAUCCAGUCGUGAGGGACUCAUGCACUCAUUAUUGAGACUUCAGAUGGAUAUGACUCAGAAACUACAUGAAUGUCAAUUUCUCUCUCUCUCUCUUUCUUUUGAAAAUUUAUCCGUCUGUAUUGCCACAUUUGGAUGAGUAGUUUUUAUGAAUCAAUAGUUAAUAAACUGAUAACGAAUUCGCUGACUGAUCUGUCCAAGAGUGUAAAAGAGAACUGUAUGACGUCUCAAACGGUAUUGUAGAAGAGCAUUACGUAAAAGACUUUUACGUAGGAAAUUAGUUCUUCGCUCUUCAGUAAAAAAAAAAAAAAAAAAAAAGUAAAUCGGUAAAGACGUCGAUAGUAGUCAGUUUGAAAUUUGAGUCAUAUAAUUAAGGCAGUCACUAUAUCUGAGUGGUGGGUGUGAUACUGAAGUAUAUGUAUUGUUUGAAAUCUUGAAAAGAUAUGAAUAAAAUAUUCGGAAAGAACCGAAAUAUAAUUUGACAUAUUCUUGAUUCGCAACAGAAAAGGCAAAGGCAUAAUGAAAAAAUUGCUUCUGGAUACUACGUUUCUUUUGGAAACUUAAAAAAGGAUGACCCGUUAUUAAGUAGACUGUCGUUAUAGCCGAACGUCAAUUGGGAGUGGUUUAAUUGGGAUAGGGGCCUAUUAUUCAAGCGCCAGAUGGCACUCAUUUAGGGAGGCGGAACACGAAGCUUGUUUCCAUUUGUUGUCGGCAGUGAAUUCUCGUCGAAUCCUCAUAAACUUACCCCUUCCCCUUCCAAACCUUGGCCCCCUACAGCCACCCUGAAACCAUCCAGUGCCCCCCUCUUUUUACACCACACGCGCAUCCCCUCUUUAGGGUUUGGGAAUAAGGGAGAAGAAAGUGAUUCAUUCCACCCAUCUCACGAUCCCCUCACCGCCCCCCACAUCCGCCUCUCUUCUCUCCCCCGCCCAUUCCUCCGCCUUUUUUCCGAAAACCAGUUCGACUGGGCCAUGGCAAAGGGCUCAGACACCCGCGAAUUCAAGAUGUAAACAAAGAAGGCCCCGAAGAAUCCUCUCAUUGAAUGGACUUUCGGUCAUUGAGUUGGUUGAAGAGACGGACGACGUCGAAGGACGACUUUUAAAGAAGCGAGUGACGUUUUGAAGAGGAGGAAAUCAAAUUACUUAUUUAAUUGCAUCCUGUCCUAAAUUAAUUUUGAUUGGUAAUGGCGAAUCAGAACUUUUAGAAAUUAAUUUUGUAAAAUGGGAUGUUCUGAUGAUUUUAGUAUUGUCAUUUGGUUAUCAUUAUGAAGUUUGCAUAUCUUUGUAGGUAAAAGUACAUGGAUUAAUUUUUCACCUGAGAGUCACAUGGUAUGUCACGGGUCUUUACAUAAUGUAAAGUGAAUGACAGGUUCUUUGAGCAACAAUUGAAGAUCAUUUUAUUGUUAACAAAGGCCGAUUUGCAGCAUCGCUCGUUAUCAGGAACAACGAAACAAGUACAAGAGAGAGAGGACGAGGAAGAGAUGCGUCAGACAUACUUUGUAUUGUAAUUUUUCUUCUCCUCCUUCCCUGUUUCUCUUCUUUUCUCCCCUCUUGUCCCUUCCAUCAGAACGAGGGGUGAAUGAGGGUAGCAACACAUAAGUGAUAAUUCAUUUGGAGGGACUUGACGAUGAGUGGGGGUAAUGUAUUGCGAGCGAGAGAGAACUAGACGAUCUUAAGCAAUAAUGAUGGGAAGAAGGAUGACCAGAUCACGGUCGUGCAUGGCGAGAAGGAAAAAUCGUCCGAGUGCCUGUGGUGUUAGGUAUUGCAAUGCUUAAGACGUUCUGUCCCGUGAAUGGAUAGUUGAGAAAUGUGGACAUUAACUGUAGAAGAAAAGUCUGAAUGUGUAAUCACAAUCCGGUAGAAAACGGAGGAAUCUCUUUAAAUGGAAUAAAAAAUUUGAGACGUUUUUUUUUUGAAACGCAUUUUGAGCGGUAUUGAAGAACUGUAACCGCCGUCUUAUGAGAAUUUGGUCUCUUGAGUAGUGCAUUGAGAGAGAGAGAGAGGGGGGUCGCAAGCAGAACUCUCAUGUUAAAUGAAUUGUUUGUAUAAUUCAGUGGUUGCAUUUCGGCUCGACAUUUCGUCAGACUUGGGAGGAAGCGAACCUGUUUUACUUUACGCGAGUGGUGCGCUAAGAACGAAGUUUCUGUGAUGUGAAGAUGAAAAUGACUUUGUCACAGCUUAUAAGCUGAUUUGUUGUAUUUUAUAUAUGAAAUUAUUAAACAAAUAAAAUAUAUACCGUUUUCUGUGUCUUGGAAGACAGUUUGGAUUGAUUUUUUGUCACUGGUUAUGAUGACGCGGCGUACCCAGUGAUCUCUUGUGGCAUUUAAACUUGGGUAAACGAUACUGCAGUAGUGUUUUGAGUUAUAUCCUAAGGUGAAAACGUGUUUCUAUUCUUAGGCUUAUCUUCAAUAUAAUGGUCUUGAAAAUGUACCAGUAAACAUUAGCUAAGACUUAUAUGAUGAAGCUGUGGAGCAGGGUACUGACGAAAGGCGUCCUAUGAAAAGAUGUGUUGUGAGUCCCAACCCAGAAGAGGGCUGGAUUUCGCCGAAAAGUUGUUGGGUCAUUAUUCAGGAGCACUGAGUCAGGGGGAUUGAGGAAGUCCCAAAAGACCCUUUUCGUGGACGUCACAGACAUUGUUGGCCCCGUCCAAAUCAAACUAACCGUGGGCUCUCGAAUGACAAUCAUUUCCUAUUUAGAAGAGGGAUCUGGAAGGCUUUGGCAUUUGGAAACUGGGCCAAUAUCCUCUCUUAUCGGGGAAAUAUCUCGGAAUAGAGAGCCCGCUUUCCCCCUAUAUGUCAACCCUCUUCCUGCUUGAAUAGAGAGCCAGUUUUCCCCCUGUAUGUCAACCCUCUUCCUGCUUGCAGAAGAUUUUUAUUUGACAACCUUUAGUGAAAAGAAAUAUUCCUGCAUAAGAAAGUCGGAAGUGGUGUCGCCCCCCCCACAACGUUUGCUUGAAGUGCCCCAUAAAAUGUGAAAAAGUUACAUGGUUGCAUUUCUGUCUUCAGCACGUCUACCCUAGGGAAAAGCUACGUAUGAAUAGACUUAGAUAUUCCCGUGCAGAAAAGGAAUUCCCUUCUUUGGAUGCUCCUGUUGAGAGCAGUAAAAUUUUUGUUGAUGUGAUUGUUUAGCUGAAUUAUAAUUUUAAGAUCAUCAGUUUAAUAAUAAAAAAAAAAGGGUUGCUGUCAAAAGCCAUUUUAACCAAAAGCCUUUACUGUCAAUAUUUUUAGAGAAAUUUUUCCCUGCUUAGCCUGAAUGGCAAUUUUAAAAAUGUAAAGAUAUUUUGAGGAAUCUUAUAUUUUUGUAAACAUUUUUACUUUUUACUUUUGACAAUCAUCUUCGAUUAAAAACGAUUUUGUCAACGAUAUUUUGAUAACAGCUUCGUGUCUGAGGUCGCCGACCCACAUUUUUUUUCUCUUUACCGUAUUAAUUUGAGGAGGAGCAACCAUUACUUGUGGUAAACCACAUUAAAUCAAACGAAUAACGGCGAGGAGAAGGGACAAUGGUUUCUCUGAGUGAAGAACACAGCAACCCCUCGCUCUAGGAGAAAAUAAAAAUAAAAAAAAAAAGGGUUGGCGAGGAAAUAUUACGGGGAAGCCCAGUAUUGACUCCCGGACCGUCCGCUCAUCCAAACCAACUCCUGCUCUUCCGCUGUCAAAACCAGCGCUCACCCCACAUGCAAAUUUGUUAUUGCAUUUGGAACUGUAAGGAAAAUCAUGUUUUCAUGGGAAAAUCGGGACUAGUGCCAGCUGAGCACUCUUGCGCAUUUAGCUUUGCUUUCAUCAAAAGCAAUUCUGGUUAGUGGUCAGCAAGCAGAAGGUGAAACAUCAUGUGAUGGUAUUUAUAUUCGCUUGCCAAUCGAAUGGUUUGGGGCGUCUCCUUAGUGCUUUGUUUGUAUCGAGAAAGCGGAAGAGAGUCAUGAUGUUAUAUUUUUAGACUGAUGAAAGCAAAUGUGGUUUGAACAAACAACAUUUUUAUAAGACGCGUAUAUGAUACCUGCCAACAUGUAUGCGGACGUUGAUUUGAAGAGUAUUCUCAGAAUCAUAUUGGAUUUCUAGACUUUGGAGAUUAACAGUGUUGGAAACAAUCUCAGCCAGAGAUGGCGCCUAUGUUUUGCACGAAGCUUUUUAACUGGAACAAGAGUGGAAAGGGAAAGAAGGAUGGAGGACCGAGACCGGCCUUGGAUACAGUGUAUCCUGAGCCACAGGAUGAAGGAGAGGCCUGUCCGUACUGGACGCACGUCCAGUGCAACCCUCCUCCUCCUCCUCAAACCCAUAACACUAAUUCACGCCCUCAUACCCCUACCCACGGACAAACUCGUAUCCAAUCCCCCCCUCCCUUGCCCCCUCAUCAUCCUGGAAGUCCUGUGCAUCAUCAGCCCACCCCCAGAAGCCCCGUUUCUCAUCGUCGUGCAGCCCAUGCCAGAAACCAUCAGGUGCGGUGUGGGCACGACCAUCCCUACCAGUACAACACGACCUACAACAGCCCGUACCAUAGUCCACAUCAAAGUCCAGGACCCAACAGUCCUGUUGGUCAAAACAGCCCCGUGCAUUUCAUGCCCAUUCAUCACAGCCCAGCGACCCACAGCCCUGUUCAUCAUAGUCCAGUGCGCUGUAGCCCCGUGCAUUAUGGCUCUGGGUACAAUAGCCCCGCUCACCAUAGCCCCGUACACCACAGCCCUGUUCAUCAUAGUCCAGUGCAUCAUAGCCCUGUGCAUCACAGUCCGGUGCACCAAAGUCCGGGACACCAAAGUCCCUGGCACAGCCCGUUGCAUCACAGAGGCUAUGUCUUAGAGAGCAACUACAGCCAGCCGUUGCCACCUCCCCCACCUCAGAGGCCUCCACCACCAUUACCUGGGCAGGAAGGUUCGCAGUUGAAAAGCGGAGCUUCGGCCAGCAGCAGCAGAUCCACUUCCCCCGCCAAUGGCACGGGCAUCCCGCAACCAAGAAGUCAUGGUGGUAGGGCAUCGCUCAACGAAAAACAUGCCAAAACGAGUGGCACUUCCAGCUUGGCCCGAUCUUCAUUGAGGGGCCCUGGAAACCAAGGCAGCCAACACGCUGGCAGCAAUCACUCCAUAGCAUCGCCGUAUCACACCCCCACAGCCGCCGCUCCUGCCAAACACAAGGAUUCUAUGCUCGAAAAGUUCAAGCUUUUCAACCACAAAGAAAAAGAAGGCCGGAACAAAACGACGAGCAGCAGCGGAGUGAGCAAAAGGACGAGCAGCAGCAGUGGUUUCAGCAGCGCCAAGUCGGAGCGAUCGGAUUCUUCAACCAGCCUCUGCUCGGACGCAAAGCCGCCUCCACUUCCGCCACAUCAAAGCCUCCCUGUGAGCACAAGCAGCAGUAGUAGCGAACCAACGAGCCACGCCGACCAGCACCCCUCGCAGCCAGCAGCACCCGCUCAGUCAAAACCUCAGGGGUUGAGAGGCAUCAGAUCGAAGUUUUCGAAAUCGGGUGGAAAGGAAGGCAAAGAGUCGCCCAAGUCUUCCAGAAAGGAGAAGGAGCGGGAAGACCGGGAAAGUUCAAGGGCGUCACCGCGUGGUGGCCACAAAGCUCACCGUGACCCAAGGGCUGAACGGGGUGAGAACAGGGAGCGAGGAGGGAGUGGAGGAGGAGGUGGGAUUGGAGGAGGUGGUGGUGGAAGGGAGGAGCGUUCAUCGGGGAACAAGAAGAGUGAGAAGCUGACGCUGGAGCUGGAUGGCGGGAAUCGUUCGCGCCAAGAAUUGGCACCGCCCAUUCACCAGGAGGAAAGCAAAGAGGCAAGGGUGGCAUCGGCCCCAUCUGUGCCUGGACCCGAUUAUGGUGACUCUCAGAUUCCACCGGCGCUGCCUCCAAAGGAGAACGCCCAUAAAAAUCACCACCCACAGCUGCAGCUGCAGCAGCAGCAGCAGCUUCAGCAGCAUGCUCAGAUACCACCCUCAGAUCAUCAGUCGUUGAAUAAUAAUAAUAAUAUGCAAAUGAAUAAUGAACAUGUCACGGCUACUACACCAGGCAGCCCGUUGCCUCCAGGGGCGCCUGGCACUGGCAUACCAAAGCCAACGGCUCAUGUGAAAGGACAGACAAAGGUGAUGCCGCCUGAGCGCACAGCGGCCAGUAUUCCAAACUCCCCUUCUCCCAACGUCAACAGCCCCAGUCAGACCAAAGACUACAAUAACAAGAUGGUCAGACACGGUUCCUCGGGAACGCAGCAGAAAGUGGUCAUGACUGGAGCCAGUGGCACUCCUAGAGCUGCUGUCACUCCCGUUGGAUCGGAUGGGCAUCCUGCUCAAGAUUCUGGUCGAGACCCCAAGGGUUCCCUGCCCCGCCAGAAACAAUUGGGUCGUAGGGAGGAUUCCGCCACAGGUAUCACCGUGGCGUUAGUAAGUCCCAUGCCCAAUACUCGAGAGAAGGAGUUAGUCACUCCUUCUGAGUCUGGAUCAAAUAUUAGUGAGUCUUCCCAAAGCAAUAGUGGCCACAGCAAUAGUAAUUCUUCCGGAAACUCCUCUGUCAUUUACAAGCCUACGAGUUCUGAAGAUGACAGUGUCUCCGAUUUCAAAGCUCAAAUAAGAAAGGUCGACGAAAAACACGAUGGUGAAGAAGGAGACGAAGUUAUAUUGAAUAUCAAGCCUAUGCAACCCUUAGUCAGAGCGUCUCAGUACGGCUACAUCAGGGGUUUAGGUUUACAUCAAGCUCGCACUGUACCUCCCUCUGUUCAUGUGUCACGAUUAGCUUUGCAAGACAGUGCAAACACAGUGCCUCAAAAAGGCAUGCGACUUGGACCUCACCUUAAGCGUCCUCCUGGAACAAACCAAAUCAUUGACGCAGACUACAGUGAUUUGGAAAGCGUUGAACUCACAAAUGGCUACAUGUCAGAUGGAGACGUCUUGCGAAAUGUUGGUUACAAGUCCGGUAACUCGUCUGAUUUGGACGGGUACUUGAGUGAAGGUGGGGCAUCGCUCUAUGCCCACCGCCUGAACCAGCGCUUCAAGGAAGGCAUGCGUCAAGUGCAUGAGAGUAUGAAUAAAGUUCAGCACUUCAUCCACGACGAUAGCAGCGGCAUAGAAAACGAAUUGGAGUUAUCUUCUCUCUCCCCUUCAACCACAUCUUCCGAACAUCGCCAUUACGACGAGGAUGAUUACUUGGAUGACGAUUACAAGACUACCCAGAAAGGUGACGAAGACGAAGACGAAGGGGAUGACGAUGAAGAGGGAGACGAGGAAGAUAUAUUUAAUUGCGAUGAAAGCAAACUAGCUGUGGCUCGUCCAGUGGAAGAGGAAGGGGGUAGAGAUGAAGCGACCAGAGGUUUUGACGACAGCAGCAGUCUAAGUUCAGGGGUAAGUGACACCCUGAAUGAGAUGUCUGCUGAGGAAGUUCUCUCAUCAUCGCUGUCAUCAGAUCACCCAGCUUAUGCGAAGGGCCGUAGUAUGAAAGAAUUGGGACUGAAGCUUCCAGUUGGACUCAGUGGUUCUUCACCUAGAAAGAUGGCCAUGGGCGUAGACCCCUCCGGCAUGUAUAAAGUUGUCUCUAGCAGGGCCCAUGUCAAGAAAACAGAGAGUGCCCAACAAACAGACAAUAGUGCCUUCAAACAAAUAUCAAAUACACAAUGGAAAAAGUAUGUAGAAAAUGGCAAGGGAAGUCUUGAACGCUCAGCGAAGGAGCUCCAGAAAGGUGUAGAUGCUUCUGGUAGUAGUUCACGCAAGAUGGACCACAAAAAAUCCAAUCUAGGCUCACCUCAGACUGGUAUGCCCAGUAGUCCUGGAAUGAACAGUAAUCCUGUUUCAAAUUCUUCAGGAGGAUCUAGAAAGGUAGAGAAAAAAGGAACAAGCAGUGAGAAAAGAAGAGAAGGGGAAAGAAGUAGUAAAGAUAGGGGCAUGUCUGCCAUGUCACCACAGCUAAAUGGUGACUCCAAGAAGAUUCAGAAUCCUAAAACGGCUCCUAGUAACUUUGGCUACAAUGGCAAAAGAACUACCAGUACAGGCAGCAUGUCAAGUACAGGAAGUUCAAAAGGUAGUAAGUCCGUGAAGGAAGUUGAUAGUGGCAGUGCUUCUCGUCACGACGGUUCUAGUCACAGCCUAGAAAGGCCGAGGACAAAGCUUAAAGUGUCAGGUGGAACUCAAACAACAAGUGACUUGCAUUACAUGUCUAGUGGAGUCCACAGUGACAGUGAAUAUUCUUCAGGAUCUUUAGGUCGAAAGUAUCAGCUUAAGUCGUAUUCUCUGAAUGGGCCUGUGGCAGCACAGUUGUCUCAAAGUGUGCGUGAGAGGAUUAUGCAAUCACCUUAUAGUAAGGUGCAUGUAGGAGAUUAUGGACAAUAUGCAUCUCCGUAUUAUAGAGAGAGAAAUCCUCGCAUGAAACCUACAGAUGGCUCAUUAAGUGAUUCCCCAUAUUCCAACUAUGCUGAAUUGCAGUACGGUGGAAGUCCCUAUAGUAGUCCAUACUCUUGGGUUUCGAGAAGUAACUAUGCUGGAUCUGUAGCUUCUGCACCUACAAGACCCUUGGGUGGCAGUCUUACAGAAGCAGAGAGUAUGGAAAGUAUAAGCUCAAGCGCCUCGAGCAUAGCUGCACAAAUCCAGCACGCUCGAGCCACCAGCCUCACACAAGCCCGCCUAAUGAUGCACCAGCGGGAAAUGUCCUCUUCCCCCUCCCCUAGACUUGCUCGCUCCAAUAGUGUUAGCCAUCUUAUUGAAAGGACCUUCCCUAGAUCCACAAAGUCUGAAAAGCUCUACAGCAGCAAUGUAAGUGGCAGGGAAACUUAUCAUGCAUCACAGCCAACUAGUCCAACACCUCCAGGUAGCGCUAGAAUGCCAAUUUCUCCUCUCAAUACUGUUCGGGGCUCACCAUAUUACUCUACAGUUAUUCCCAGAACUUCUAAAGAUGAUGACUGUCAUGGUUCAUCUUUAUCAUUGGUUUCAUCAUCCUCAUCACUUUAUAGCUCUCAGGAAGAGAAGCAAGCAGCUGAAAUUAGGAAAUUAAGGAAAGAACUAGCAGAGGCCCAAGAUAAAGUUGGAACCUUAACAAAUCAACUUACAACUAAUAAUUCAGUUUUCAACUUCAUGAAUACGGCUCAUGUCGUGGCAGCAUUCGAACAGUCGCUCACAAAUAUGACCAACAGGUUGCAACAGCUUACUGCCACGUCAGAGCAAAAGGACUCUGAAGUUAUGGAAUUAAGAAAAACGAUUGAAGCAUUGCGUCAACAAAGCGUAGAUGCUGGGUUGACUGUAGCCUGCCUUCAAAGUACGUUCCCUGCACAACACCACCACUCCACCCCUUCCCCUACCAGGCACCACAACCACCACCCUUCGCACCCUCCCAACAUUGCCUCGUGUUCUGUGCUUAAUGUCACUACCAGCAGUCGUUCCAGUUCACCCGAAAAAUCGGGCCACCAUGACCUUGCGCGCAGACACACUUUCACGGGGAAUUGUAAAGACCUUGUAGUGUGUGAAUUUAAUGACUCUGGUGGAAAAUUAGUGAGAGGAACAUCUGUCGAGUCAGUUUCUAGUUUGUCCUCCGCUUGUUCAGCAACAUCGCACACAUCAAAUCACGAUAAAAGUGAUAGUUCUAAAUCAAGCAAAAAGAAGGGUUGGCUCCGGAGUUCAUUUAGUAAAGCUUUUUCCCGUGGGCACAAAAAGAACAAACAUGGCACUGGAGGUUCUGUGUCAGAUGUUGAAAGUUGGGAGCGAGGUGAAUGCUCAGCUCCUGCUUCACCACUUAUGCAACGUGCAUCUGGAGGUCAGAGUGAUGCUGAGAGUCACUCAACUACAGGAACGAGUAUGGAAGCUCCAACCAAAAAUGAAGAUGUAGAGGUCCUGAUGUGUCAGUUACGUGAAAAGGAUAUGGCACUGACUGACAUACGCUUAGAAGCUUUAAGUUCAGCCCAUCAGCUUGAAUCACUGAAGGAAACGAUAAGUAAAAUGCGAGAUGAAAUGGUAUGUUUGAAGCAAGAUAAUGAAAGGCUUCAUAGAAUGGUUUCUUCUAAAUCAUUAAACUCAUCUCAGAGUUCACUUCCUGUGUCAGAUUCUGUUGAGCAAAGACUCAGCUUAGGCGAUGAAUUGACUAUGCCAGAUUCAACAGAUGUAAUACUGAUAGAUCCAAGUGAUAAAGAUGGAAAGAGAGUAAGCAUUACAGUUAUGAUGGGAUGCCAUGGAGAUUAUGAAAAAUAUUUAAAUCCUGUUGAUGGGGUUACAGUCAGUGAAUGUGUAAUUGGGGCAAUUUCAGUCAGUGGAAAGACUAAGUGGGACAUGUUAGACAGUCUUGUGAAGCGUAUCUUUAAAGAGUAUAUUCUAAGAGUUGAUCCAGUGUCAAAUUUAGGACUUAGUGCAGAAUCUAUUCUUUCAUACCACAUUGGAGAAAUCACCAGAGGUCGUGAUCCAGACUCGCCUGAGCUUUUACCAUGUGGUUAUCUCGUUGGUGAAGUAAUGAAUGUUAAGAUAAUCCUGAAGGGUGCUACUAUUAAUCAUGUGGAUGCAUUGGCUUUUGAGACAAUGAUUCCAAAGUCCAUCAUACAUAGAUAUGUUUCUUUACUAACGGAACAUCGAAGGAUCAUAUUAUGUGGCCCAUCGGGUACAGGAAAAACUUAUCUUGCUCAAAAAAUGGCAGAAUACCUCGUCACACGAAUGGGGAAAGAUCCAUCACCAGGACAUAUAGCAACUUUUAAUGUUGACCAUAAAAAUGGAAAAGAUUUAGGAGCCUACCUUUCUCAUAUUAGUGACCAGUGCGAAAAUAACACUGCAGAUCUACCGUUAGUUAUUAUACUGGACAAUUUACACCAUGCUGGGGCUCUUACUGAUGUCUUCAAUGGAUUCCUCAGUGCUAAGUACACUCAGUGCCCUUACAUAAUUGGCACUAUGAAUCAGACAACAUCCUGCUCAACUACUAACCUUCAACUCCACCAUAACUUCAGCAGAUGGGUUCUUAUGGCCAAUCACAUGGAACCAGUGAAAGGAUUAGUUGGUCGUGUGGCUCGAAGAAAGCUUACACAAGUUGAAGUUGAAGCUGGAUCCCGGCUACCCAAACUUCAGCAAGUAUUAGAUUGGCUUCCAAGGUGCUGGAGUCAUAUCAACAAGUUCCUAGAGACGCAUUCAUCUUCUGAUGUUACAAUUGGUCCUCGACUGUUCCUUUCAUGUCCAGGGUCUUUAGAAGGAUCUCAGGUGUGGUUCACUGACUUGUGGAAUUACUCACUUGUGCCAUACCUGGUUGAGGCAGUUCGAGAAGGCCUUCAGCUUUAUGGAAAGAGAGCAACGUGGGAGGAUCCCAGUACAUGGAUUACAGAGACUUAUCCAUGGCCACCCGGAAAUCAUCCUGGACCUCAAGCACUUCUAUCUUUGCGGCCUGAGGAUGUUGGAUAUGAUGCCCUUGCACCAACUGUUACAACCAAUACCCAAGACAAGUUCAAGAGUGACAAUCAGGGAGAAAAUGACCCUUUGCUGAGUAUGCUCAUGAGGUUACAAGAAGCAGCCAAUUAUUCCAGUCCACAGCAAGACUCAGAUAAUACGUCACUGGAUAAUAUGGAGAAUGCUUUAGAGUCAACAAUCUAAUGUUAGUGUUAGUAACCGACAGAUCAGUGGAGCAAUUGUGAAAUGAAAAAUCAAUUUUUUAAGAUUAUAUUUAAGGGGUUUAAAUAAUUUGCCUUGAACUUUUAGUCACGGGUAAUAUUGGGAUCUAGUCAAAUCUGGUAGCUAUAACUAUCAGGUGUAACCAAGUCAGUUAAAUGUAAUGUUGUCAUUCUAAACAUUUUGUUUUUGUUUUUUUCAAAUUUUUGCCCUUAUAUCUUUAAUGUGCAAAAAGCCAACUGCCUGGAUCUUACAGUGUUCCUCAUUUUUGUAAUGGGUUCAUUGGGAUUAUAUAGGUGAAUUUUUGAGCUAUCUUGUUAACCUGUAGAUUAAACUAGCUAGAAUUUGCUACUACUACACUGUCCCACUCCUUUGAGUAUAGAGCAUGGCCUUGGUUCCUACUCUGUACAUUGUUGGCAUCUGGUAACGAUGGAAGUAGGGGAUUAAAUGUUUGUAUCAUUACAGUACUAAAAUUUAUCCCACCAUCAUUACCAUCCCAUAUACCUUUUAUGGUAGCUCAAAAUAUGUGUUUUUUUAAUGUAAAUCCAAUUUUGUGCUGUGUUUACAUAUGAUGUCUUGUAGGAUUAUUUACUUUUGAUAAUUCAGAGUUCUAUAUAUAUUAUAUUAUAUGUGAGCAAAUGUAUUUGUGGAGGCAUUUUCACUUCCAUAUUACAGUUCUUCCAGAGUUUCUAUAUAAUGUACAUACUUUGAGGGGAGUCUGGGCUUUAAAUGGCUUAAGCUUUAAAUAUUGUGAGUCAUAACAAAAUAUAUAUAUAGAGUCCAGGUAUAACUCCUUGACUUGACCUCUAAAUUGUAGGUCCAGAAAUGGAUUUCUUUCAUCUUAAUUUUGGAGUUAUAUUUGUAGUACUAUGAAUUUAAAUUAUAUUUGAUAUUUUAGCAAUCAACUUCCAAAUAAUAACUGAGAAUAGGUUGCUUAAAAAAGUACUUUAUACAUAGUACCUAUGAAAAAAUUUUGUGCUUUCUGUAAUGCUCUUCAAAAUUUAAGUUGCACUAGAGUAACAUUGAGAAAGAACAUAAUGAAGUAUAUCUGACAAUGAAAUUCAAAGCUAAUGAAAAUUAUAGUUUCUUUCAUAUGCUUUGUAAACACUUGUUCAUAACUCAAACCAAAGCCAAGCGUACCAGUGUCCUUAGCUUGUGUGCCUAUGAGCUAAGUUAGCAGUAGUUUUCUUAUUGCUCCGAGACAUGGAUGUGAUCUCUUAUUUUUCCUUUUGCUGGGUCUUAUGGUGUAAGUUUUACAUUUAGCCUUCAUAACCAUGUUGCCAAAUUUUAUAUUGUUAAUGCCUUUUUUUUAAAUGAGUUGUAAAUAUGUGUAUAUACUCAUAUAUAUAUAUAUAUAUAUAUUUGGUAUCUAAAAGUGUGAGUCACUGUGUAAAGACAUGUAUAUUAAAGUAUACCAAGUGAAUGGACCAUGUGUGUGUUAUAAAGAUUGUAUAAUUUGAUAUAAAACACAGUUAACUGUUGACAGCUAUGGGGUAGGUGACACUAAUGUGAUUAGCCAAUUAAUAAGUACCAAAGUCAUAUUUUAUCAAAAUAUUAAUUUAAAUGGUAUAAUCAAAUUAAUGCCACAUGAUACCACAGUAUGGUCUGCAGUAUGCAGGGAUAAAACAUUCAAGUACCACAUCACUUUUGUUAGAUAUUUACAUUGAGGAGGAAGAGAACAGAAUUCCCUCAUUUCCAUUUUUAUACAUGCAAACAUGAUAGCAUUUUUAAAUAUAUUUCUUUUCUCAAU